GUAGCUUAGCCUUACGCAAUAUUAAAAAUAGAACGUGCAAAAUCGUUCGUGAAGGAAAUAUGAACAAAAGAUUGCUUUCGUCAUUUUCAAGAGCAGUCUUUCAAAGAAAACAUUUUUCUCAACAGCUCUGCCAAACAGCAGUGAAAAGUGUCAGCUGGUCAGACAAACAACGAAAUGAUCAGAGAUUACGAAUACCGAGGACAUACACAAAAACUGUGUCAAAUCGAUGGAUGUCAACAGAUAACUCAAACUCAGAUUCAAACUCAACGACACCGCUAGGGAAGCUAAAGCAAAUAAUGGCAAUUCAAUUUACGUGUAAAGUCUGUGAUAGAAGGAAUUCCAAAACAUUUUCAAGAACUGCCUACACCAAAGGAAUUGUAAUCAUAAAGUGUGACGGCUGUGAGAACAAUCAUCUCAUCGCCGAUAAUCUGGGGUGGUUCCAACACGUCAAAGGAAAAAAUAUUGAGGAAAUUCUAGCAGAAAAGGGAGAGGAAGUGAAAAAACAGAUAGAAGAAGGAGCACUGGAAAUUGACAGCAAAAUCAAUAUUUGUAAAGACAUCAAAAAAUAAAUUUGUAAAAUAAAUCAUCAAUUUUUUAUUUUUUUAUUAUUACUAUUCUAAAUAUAAUGCUUUUGUUAGUGAUGAAAAUUUUCAAUGAUUUUACAUCUAUUGCUAUAUAAAUAAAUUUGUUGUUACCACAAAAGAUGAUUAAUUACUUGG